GCAUGAAGAUCUGGGUAGGAUAAAACAGCUGUUUAUUUUAUCUAAGAGUAUUGUAUUUAUUUUAUGAAUAUAAGUAUGUCAAGUAGUCAAGAACUGCCUCUGAGUUGUGACAAGUAUGUGGAGAUGUGUAGUGUACAUCUAUCCAACUCACAACUUGACUAUUAGCAUUGCCUUAAUAUUUCUUCAUUAUUUCUUCUUCGGGCUUAUUUCUAUACUUUUACAACCUAUACCUCCUCUAGUAGAGCUACACUGUUUAUCGGCUUAUACUCAGACUUCUUAUUUCUCACAGUUACCGAUGGGUAGACAAAAUGUUGAUUUGUUAUGUUUUCAAUGACACUAAAGUUGUCUUCCUUCAGGCGGCGCAUUGCUGCUUACAGAACCGUGGGUGUAUUCAAAUUUCAGGGCGUUUUUAUUGGAUACACUCGUACACUAAAAAUAACUGUUCAAAUAUAUUAUUUGUAACGCAUGUCAUAGAAACAUUAGCCACGAUCUCGCUUUAGAAAAAAAAACAAACAUAAAAAACAUAAUCUAGUAAUCACAAACGGCUCUGAUUGUUCAAUCCUGAGAGGCGAUGAGAAAAGUAACAGCUACCACGUGAUCGAGUUAACCAUCGUUAACUCAAGGUGCCUGUUAUUUUUCUCAGCGCUGUUCUGUGUCGACUAUUUACAGUUGUUUGUGAACAAUGUGAUUCUUUAAUCACAUUAAAUAAUCUUUUACAUUCUUUUAAAUACACAUACAAGAGCUGAAAGUAUUACUAACUAACACUUCUCGGUCUCGUAAGCCACACACACAUUUAAUGCUAAGUACAUUACUUUGGUUUGGUUUUUAAGCCUAUCAGUAGCCAAAAAAACAUCUCUUUAAAAAAUGUAAUGUUCUAAUUACACGUACUAAUUCUCAAACCAAAUUUGCAUUUCAAGAAAUAUUUUAUAUCCAUUAAGGACGCAAAUUCAUUCCUUCAAAAUAAGGGCACUUAGUAGGCAGCCUAUCCAGGCUGUGUUCGCACGGCGCCAUUUUCCCUUGGACUGCAUGUUAACAGAAGCACACUUUCAACAUGCACUAUUAAGGGCCCUAGAAAUCUGUUUUACGAAGUGAUAUAAAAUAUGGAUUCUGCGUCGACCAGCUCUAAACUCAUCUAUAAAAUGUCUACUGAGGACAUCACAAAGCUGAUACAGCUGCGAUCGAGCACCUCAGCGCUUUUUGACGGAAGGAAAAAUUCAUCUAAAACAGCCUGGAGUGCAAUACUCAGAGAAAUGGGGCUUGAGGAAAAGAUGACAACUGAGCAGAUGGCCAAAAAGUGGGAAAACCUGAAAGCAAGAUACAAGGAUGCAAAAUAUCCCCCCACCGGAGUGGAGAAGAACCCCACCUGCUGGAAAUGGUUCAAUCUCAUGGAUGAUGCUCUGGGUGAAGAGUUUCAUGAAACGAUCAGCCAGCAAGUGAUCACAGCAGAAGCUGACAAUGAUAAUGCACCUCACCCAAGUAAGAGGCUUCGCCAGAUUAAAGUCGGUGGGGAAAUACUAGAAUUCCUGGAAGAGGAAGGAACUCCGGUGAACGUGCCGCCGGCAUCCAGACUGGAUCUGGUUAAGAGGGAAAGACAUAAAGGCAAGCAGAAGACAGAAAGUCACUCGCUGGAUGACAUGAGAACCAAACUUCAAAGAGAAAGAAAGCUUCUAGAAAAGGAGCUUGUAGGCCUGGACAGAGAAAAAGCCCUUUUAGAGCGGGAAAGGGCUCUUGCCAGUCGGGAAAGAGCAGCGCUUCAGCGGGACAGAGCCCAGGUAGAGAAGGACAAAGCUGCGGUUAACAGAGACAAGGCGUCUUUGGAACAGGACAGAACCCGACUGCAGAAAGAUAAAGAAGCUUUGGCAAGGGACAGAGUGGAACUUGAAAGAGACAGAAGGUCGGCGCACAUCACUAAUCGCGUGAAAAGCAGUCCAGGAUGCAAUGGGAUGGACUGCCCUCAAGAAAAAAACAGAGAAAGAUUAAUAUUCUUACUUGAAAAGAUGAUUGAAAAAAUGUGAAGCGGGUCUGAGAUGGGGCAAACCUCAGGGAAAAACUGCGAUGAGUUAACGGGAUUAUGUGAACAAUAUAGUAUACCAUUUGUGCCACACAAUGAUUAUCAAAACCAGAUUCAUGCUCCACCUUGUUGUAGUCAUUCAGAAACUAAAAAGUAUAAAAAACUGUUUAUUGACAGGUUCUACUGUAGAGACAACUGACCCCAUAUAGAGUUAUAGAAGCUAAUGUGUGUUCAAUAAACAGUAUCUUUUUUCCUUGUUAUUAA